AAUAUUCAUUCGUACAAGCUGAAAAAACAGAGUUAGGGUUUAGUCAGGCAAGAAAAACCGGUAUCAAUGGAGAAAAUAACCGAGGGAGUGGAGAAGAUGAAAAUAGCCGCCGGCGAUUCCCCCAAGAAGAAUCGAAUUCAGGUCUCCAACACUAAGAAACCCUUGUUUUUCUACGUCAAUCUCGCCAAGAAAUAUAUGAAGCAGUACAAUGAAGUUGAGCUUUCUGCCCUAGGAAUGGCUAUUGCCACAGUUGUCACCGUUGCGGAAAUUCUUAAAAACAGUGGCUUUGCUGUGGAAAAAAAGAUUCUGACAUACACUGCUGACAUCAAGGAUGAAAACAGGCCGCGUCCAGUUCAGAAAGUCAAGAUGGAAAUUUUGUUGGGGAAGACUGCAAAUUUUGAUGAAUUAAUGGCGGCUGCUGCAGCGGAGCGAGAACUUGCAGCAGGAGAUGGCGAAGAGUGGGAGAUGGUGGGAAAUAGUUAGACCUGUUAUCUUUGGCAUUUGGUUUGUUAGUCUUGGUGUCCAUAGUUACUCUGGUGGUACUAGUUUAUAUAUUUUGAUAGCUGCAAACUGCAAUGAGAGGUUCUUUUCCUAGGCAAUACUAUGAAAAUUGAAAAUGCGUCAAACCAAUUCGUACCAGUAAAUUUAGUCAGUAAUAUGAAAUAUCAGGUUUCUUCUUUGUAA